AUGUCUAUUGAAAAUUUGAAAUCUUUUGAUCCGUUCGCUGAUACUGGUGACGACGAAACAACUACUUCAAAUUACAUCCACAUCAGAAUUCAACAAAGAAAUGGUAGAAAAACUUUAACCACUGUUCAAGGUGUUCCAGAAGAAUAUGAUUUGAAAAGAAUUUUAAAAGUUUUGAAAAAGGAUUUUGCUUGUAACGGUAACAUCGUUAAGGAUGCUGAAAUGGGUGAAAUUAUUCAAUUGCAAGGUGACCAACGUGCUAAGGUUUGUGAAUUCAUGAUCACUCAACUAGGUAUGCAAAAGAAGAAUAUUAAGAUCCACGGUUUCUAA